GAUGACUAGUUAGUUUUAAUUGAAGUACUUAAAUGUAUCUAAUUAUUCAUUUUAAUAUUUUAUUAUUGAUUUAAUUUAAUUCAAAUAUACAAUUUUUUUGUAUAUAAAUAUACACAUGUAUAAGUAUUAAUUUUAGUGUACUGAUAGUGAUAAUAAUUAUGUUUCGUAUUUUGUAAAUUAAUAAGAAAUCAUUGAAAAAUAAUUGAGUUUUAAUUUUUAUAAGCUUUAAAAUGUCAACUGAGUGGUCCAGUAAUAGUGGUUUAAUAGUUGGUACAGAAGAUUAUAAAGAUAUAUCUAGCAAUUUAGAUGAAUACUCAGAUUUUUCUUAUGAUUACUCAAAUGGCAUGGAUUGGCAUUUCCCUGUUGUUGAUUUAUGUCAAGAUAGCCGAUGGUUAUUGUUUGAAAACAAUUUUUCAUUAAAUGAACCAUCUGUUUUAGAGAUUUGUUGUAUGUUUAAAAACAAAAUUCAAUGUGAAUUUCAAACAGAAAUAUUUUUACAGCAUCCAUUAAUUAUUCAGAAAUUAAUUAAAUGGCUGAAUGAAAACAAAGAAAAAGACUUGAUACUGGAAUGUCUAAGUUAUUUGGUAGAAAAAUUAAUUAGAAGACACCAUGAAUGUACUACUGGUUUAUGUGAAAAUAAUGAAAGUAUUAAUUCCAAUUAUGGUUCUAAUUCUCAAAUAUCAAUAAGAGAAACUAAUAGUGAAUCUUCAACUAAUGACGAAAUUUCACGCUGGGGUAUUGCCAAAUUUUGUGUCAUACUGAUGCCUGUACUUUUGAAACAUAUUAGUUUUAAUAGUGGUGGAGCUUUCUCUUUGUUUAUGUCCAGCAUGCAUCUUUUAUCCUCUAUAUCUAAUAGUUGUAACGUUAAGUUUUAUAUAGAAUUAGUGUUUUCUGAUCAUACAAUCAAAAAUAUACUUUUAAAUGAACCUCUAUCUUCACUUAAGUUUUUAAUUAUUGCCAAAGAAAUAUUAAAACAUGGUUCACCUAACAAUCAAUUUAAAAUACUAAUUUGUAAUAUACUUAAACAACCCUAUUGGAUUCAUCUUUAUCCAGAAUUAUACUAUCAAUUGUAUGAAAAAGUUAUUAAUGAAGAAUUAUUAGAACAACAAAUAAUCAAAAGGGUUAACGAUGCAUAUAUUUUAUCAUCUACUAGCAACUUGGAUAUUAAACAAUAUGCACAUUUAUUUAGAAGUUCAUUACCUAUUAUAUGUUUUCAUAAACAGUUUACUAUUAUUGAUAAAUUCAUUACAAACACGUGUAAAUAUGCAAAGUUGACAGAAACAACAGAUAAUGAAAAAGAAUACAGCAACAUUUUAGUAAGUUUACUUUCUUUUAAAUCUGUUGAUAUUGUAUUAUACACAUACUUAGCACUUAAUAAUACAAUGAAGAAAAUGUUAAAUCAUUUAAACCUUGAAUCUAAAAAAAUUGACCGGCUUAUAAACAGUUUACUGUGUACCAAUGUGUUGAAUGAAAUAAUAUGUUUUGGCUGUAAUAAUUCAAACAAACAGAUAAAUCAAUCAGCAUCAGAAAUUAUAGAACAAAUAAUAAAAAGCAAGAACAUGAUAAAUAUUAAUCAAUGGAAAUGUUUUUUAAAUAAUUUAGCUCCAAUCUUCCCUGUAUUAUAUUGUUAUGCUAACCAAACAUCUACUCUGGGCCAAGUUGUUUUGGAUUUGUUUGAUCCUGAUCAAGCAGAGAAAUUAAAUAUUUCAAAAUUAGUGCUACUUCAUUCAACAAUUGCAAUGUUAUUCAGCAAAGAUAAUGAAUCUCGAGUUGAAGCAAAUAAUAGAAUUACUUGGAUUUUUAAAACAUCUUUAAAUAAAAACAUUGAACUACCAAAUGAUAUUUUUGUAAUAGAAGUUGAUGAAGUAAAUGAACAAGUAGACAAACCCAUUGGUGAAUAUAAUAAAAAAGAUUUAGACGAUAUGAUAGAUUUAAUUUCUAAUGAAUCUUCAAGUCAUCAAACUAUUAAAUGUGCUUUAUACAAAAUAUCAGUAAUACUUGAAUAUGAUCAUCUUCAACAACAUUUUAUUCAUAAUGGAGGAAUGGAUAUUAUAUUAAAUUUACUUAAAUCAUCAAAAAUGUUUGUUAAUGAACGUGGAUUGUUAAUUGCAUUAUUAAAAUUAACUUUAUGUUUCACAAAGAAAAAAGAAUUAAUUAUUAAUGAUCAUAAUUCAUUAGCAAAUAAUAUAGAAAUACAACUACAAUUAAUCUCAGUUCUAUCUGAUUUUUAUGAAAUUCCACUUGUAAAACAAUAUGUGUUUCAAAUUUUUUUUUAUUGUAUUUUCAAACAAUACUUAACGCACUUUGGUGAAAUACCAAAAGUAGUUGAGAAUAAAAUAAAUACUCCUAUUAAAUUCAAUAAAUAUUACCAUACAACUAAUAAUUCUGAUGAUACAAUGUUAUUUUCAAAAAUUAAAGAGAACCACAAUUGUAUGGAAGUUUUAAUACUAACAUGGCAUUUAAAGCAUUAUGAUAGUAUUGAUGUUUUUUUGGAAAAUGGCCUUACUGCAAAUGCUCAAAACAGUCAAAACCCUAUACUCGACAAUGUUUUCCAGAAUUGUAGAAAAGCUUGUAUUACAUGGUCAGUUAAAAAAUAUUUGGUUGACUUAAUUGCUGCCAAGUCACACCAAGUAGCAUUAACCAUUCUUGGUGAUUUGAGGAGAUAUUUAGAAGUAAGUGUAAAUAUUAAGCAAUUUGAAGUAGAUGAAGAACUAUUAGAAACUGCGUUAAAAAAAUUUUUGAUAUUGCCUCCAAUUUUUUUAACUGAUUUACAAACAUUAAUCGUUGUUUUAAAGCUACUAAAUUUUGCAUUAAAAAAAAGAGUUUUAAUAAAUAAAUUAAAUUGGGUUGCUGAAAUAAUGAUGAAAUCUGAAUCUAUGCAUCAUAAUAUGGCGGAUGAUUUUCAAAAUGAUGAUAAAUCAAAACAAUUGUGUAAUCAAUUUUUUAUUGAACUUUAUGAAGUAUAUUGGCUUUGCUUAAAAAACUAUAGUCAUUUUUCAACAUUAAAUUUAACAAAAUUGUUAUUUGAUCGAUUAGAAUCUACAAAACAUGAAAUUGUUUUAUUACAAGUUAAUAUGAAGUGUCUUACUUUAUUAACGGAAAAUACAAAACAUAUAGAUAAAGACCUUGUAAAAAUGUAUUUAUCUCAAUUUAUUUCAUUAAAAACAAUAGUGACAAAUAGUUCAAAUGAAAAAAGUUUGCAGCGAAGUUAUUUAACUGUCCUAAACCAUAUCCUCCACUACACAAUUUUAAUACCAAAUAUUUCUGAAGUAUGGUGUUUGUAUGACUGGGAAACAUGGACAUGGUCAAUGAUACACAGUACUGAUUCAUUAGUACGGGCUUUAGUCUUUCAAUUCUCUGCUGGCUUGGCUGUUAUUGAUAUUCCAAUAUCACAUAAUUUAAUUCACCUUGCGUUAAAUUAUUUUUCUGAAUCAAAUUCCUUGGAAAAUUGUAUUGUUGCCGAGCAAGCGACUUUAUUUUGUUCAAAUCUAUUUUGUUCUCCUAAGUUUAAAAGUUUAUGCCACCAACACAUUAUUAAAUUGGAUUUUGAUGCUUUUGUUCAAAUUAUUAAUUUGUGUUCAUAUUACGACUAUACCAAACCUGGUGGGUAAAAUUUCCAAAUGUUAAUAUAAAUUAAUGAAGUGAUUAAUAUAAAAAAAUGUUUACAGAAAAAAAAAUGCUUUUUGACAUCUCCUAAACUUGUGUCCAAUAUAUGCUGUAUGCUUUUCAAUAUGUUUACAUUGACAGAAGUAAAUUUAUAUGAACUUGAUCAACAUAAUCAAUUUGUUCAAGCACUUUUUCUGUGCUUAAAAAAAUAUUUGACUCCAAUAAGUAUUGAAAAACCAAAUAUUAUGGAGAUGUGUGGUCGCAUAUGUUCCAUUCUUACGCUUUUUGUACCUGUUAGCAAUUAUAAUUUUGAAAAUUUGUUAAAUUCUCUAAAUGUUAUCUAUGAAAGAAUUAACACCAAUUUAGAUCAUUGUACAACUAUGGUAUGGAAAUCAUUGUUUAAACUGACAACAAUAGUAAUACAAAGUACAAAUUAUAAAACAUUUGUUAUAACAAAUAAUUUUAUAACUGCAUUAUUAACUAGUAUAACUUCCAAAAAUAAAGAUCUAUGCAUUGAAGCAUUAAAUGUGGUUUCUUUAGUAUAUCCCCAACUAUCUAAAAAAUUUGUUCAUCGUGUAUGCAACAUUUUAAUUCGUACAUUACUCUUGGAAUGGCAUCAUACAUUAAAACGAAAAAUGUUAUUAAUUGCAUUAUCAAACAUAUUUCUUGAACACCCAUCAACAUAUGAAACAGCAAGGCAGGACAAUGUAUUACCGUUCAUUAUUUCUAAAUUGAAAAUUAUGCAGUUACAAGUUACUAAACAAUCAAACCAAAAAUCUAAAGUAUUACAAAAUGAAUAUUUGGAAAUUGUGAAAUUUUGUUGUAAUUUGUUCCACGGAUGCAAUGAUGCUAGAGAAGAUGCUUCUGCUGAAUUACCAGAUUUAAUUCAUAAACUUUGGCCUAUUAUUAUUUCCAACCCUAAAUCUGAUAUCUUGAUUUGUACACUACAAAUGCUAGUAUCACUUACAUCUUCAUGCCCUUCUGCAUGCAGUGCAAUGACAAUGACUAGCAGUACACUAGGAGUCGAUCCAAAAACAAAAUGUACUUCAUAUUCAUUAUUUCAUGAAGUAAUUUCAUUAUCCACUAAUUUUCAUUUGAAUGAAGAUAUUUUGAAUAUAACUCUGCUGAUAAUUGUAAACUGUUGUCAAGCUCAAGAAUGUCGUGUAACGAUUACAAAAAGUAAACUAUUGUCAAGCAUCAUGUUGGCUCUUAAUAUAAAAGACAAAAAACGUCCGAUUAAAAUUGAACAACAAUGUUUAAAGAUUUUAUUAGUUUUAACAAGCUACAAUGACGGACAAAUACAUCUUUUAAAGGUGGACUAUGCUUUGGAUACUUUAGUAGAUCUUUUAAAAUCAAAUUAUAUAAAUGAUUCUUUAGCUAUAUUGAGAAAUUUGUGUUUUAAUGGACAAAACCGUGUAGUUAUUUUGUCAUCAGAUGUGUUUUUAGAUGGAAUUAAAACUUUGUUAGAAACUGGAAAUCUUACUAAUCAAAAUUAUAAAGAUAUUAGUUUAGCCAUAUGGUCAAUUGCAUGCAACAAUCAAAAAGCUCGUCUUCAACUACGUCAUUGGGGUAUAGAUAGAUAUUUUGAGAAAUCUUCUGAUUUAUUAAUAUGUAAUGACGAAACACAAAAUAUUAUUAACUGUACCUAUCAAAUUUUAAAAAGCUAAACUAAAUAUUUACCAAUUAGUAAGUUAAAGUUAUAAUAUAUGUAUACACACAUUUAAUAUAACAUUAAAUCUACUAUUAAGUUACUUUUUAAUUAUUUAAAAAUGUGUUAUUUUAAUGUAUGUUUUAAUCAAAAUUUUGUAUUUUAUUUUAUAUUAGUAUAAUAUUUUUUAUUUUAAUAUCAAAAAGUUGUGGCAUACUUUUUAGAUACCUACUUCUUUCUUCCUUACUUUUUACUUAGUACACAAGUACACAGCUACAAUAGUUGAACUAUUAUUGAUAUAUAUAAUACAAAAAUAAAAAACAAUUGAUCAUAUACUCAUGUGCAAGGUUGUCUCCGUCUUACAUACAUGCGAGGUGCGACAUAGCAAAUUUUUGUUCACCAGUUUCAAUAUUGUGCUGUUAGUUUUGAUAUUAGGAUGAACUGACCUAUUAUAAAAUUCAAAGGCAAGAUUAUUAUCCAGGGCCUCACAUAGCCUUUUAUUUAUAUUAUUAUUUUUAAGUAAGUUAUGAUCUUUUUGAAACUAGGUACAUUUUAUAAUCAUAACUUACUUAAAUAUAACAAUAUCACUAAAAGGUUACGAGGGGGCCCUAGAUAAUAAUUUUACCCUUAAAUUGUAUAAUAGGUCAGUUCACUCUAAUAUCAAAACUAACAGUACAAUAUUGAAACUGAUGAACGAGAAUUUGCUAUGUCGUACGUAUGUAAGACGGAAACAACACAUGCGGGCUCUACGUUCUCUUAAAUGUUACUUAUCUAUUUUACUGUAGGUAAUCAUUACUAUUGGCUACCAGCCUGUAUUUUUAAUAAAUAAAUAAAUAUAGUUCGAUA